CUUGGAGGUUCCAAUCCUCCAUACUUACCUUCCCACAGCCUCGUCCUUAACCUUGGGAGUCGCCGGGCCAGCCCGAUCAUCUGUCUGACCCCGUCUCCCCGCUUCGCCACCAUACCUACUACGCGCCAGCCCUCUCUCUCCAUCACGCAAGCGAGCGCGGGGCGAGCACGGAACCGCACCUCGCCAUGGCCGCCAUCCCUACCCCGCGGUCGCCGCCGGCGCCUAUCGUGACGACGGACAAGUGCUUCAUCCGGGGGUUCGCGGCGCGGGACGUGGGGCCGCUGGCGGCGGCGGCGAACCACGCGGAGAUCUCGAUGUACAUGACCAACCGGUUCCCGCACCCGUACACGGCGGAGAACGCCAGGUUCUGGGUCGACUUCGCGGCGGGCCAGAGCCCGGCGGUCAACUUCGCCAUCUGCACGCCCGACGGCGCCUUCGCCGGCUCCAUCGGCCUGACCCCCGGCAAGGACGUCGAGUACCGCACCUGGGAGGUCGGCUACUGGGUCGCCAGGGAGCACUGGGGCAAGGGCAUCGCCGCCAGCGCCCUCGCCGCCUUCACCGCCUGGGCCUUCCACGAGUUCCCCGACCUCCUCCGCAUCGAGGCCGGCGUGCACGGCGAGAACGCCGCCAGCGCGAGGGUGCUCGAGCGCGCGGGCUACGUCCGCGAGGGCGUGCGGAGGAAGGCUGUCUACAAGAGGGGCCAGGUGAGGGACUACAUCAUGUACGGCUUCGUAAGGGAGGAACCGAGGGAGGGCAGUGGCGAGGAGGAGGAGUUGCCGUCCACAGAGAAGACGGCGUAGACUUUGGAGAUCAGCGCAGUCAUCCGGCCCGACGAUACCGGGUCUUGAAGAAUAAUAUCGAGAAUCUAAAUCCGCUGCUUCGGCGAUGUAUCGCCUGCCACUGUAACACACCAAGUUCCUC